CCUGCAAGAUGGAACUACUGUCACUGUGCGUAACUAAAUAGUUCAUGAUUCUCUGAAGAUCUGGACCCAGGCCUGCUCAGGCCAGAGAAGACAGCCAGGACCCAGCCUUGCUUAGGCCAGAGAAGAUAGCCAGGACCUAGGCUUGCUCAGGCCAGAGAAGACAGCCAGGACCCAGGCCUGCUCAGGUCAGAGAAGACACAACCAGAGCCGUGAGGAUUUUUUAAAUUAUUGAACUCAACCUACUCCCUCAACAUGACAAACAGUUCAAUGUUCUGUCCAGUUUACAGAGAUCUGGAACCAUUUACAUACUUUUUUUAUUUAGUUUUCCUCAUUGGAAUUAUUGGAAGUUGUUUCGCAACGUGGGCUUUUAUACAGAAAACCACAAAUCACAGAUGUGUAAGCAUAUACUUAAUUAAUUUGCUUACAGCUGACUUCCUGCUCACUCUGGCAUUGCCAGUAAAAAUCGUUGUUGACUUGGGUGUGGCGCCCUGGAAGCUAAGGAUAUUCCACUGCCAAGUGACAGCCUGCCUCAUCUACAUCAAUAUGUAUUUAUCUAUUAUCUUCUUAGCCUUUGUCAGCAUUGAUCGCUGUCUUCAGUUAACACACAGCUGCAAGAUAUACCGAAUACAAGAACCUGGGUUUGCAAAAAUGAUAUCAACUGUUGUGUGGCUCAUGGUCCUCCUUAUAAUGGUGCCAAACAUGGUGCUUCCCAUCAAGGACAUCAAAGAGAAGCCGAAUGUAGGUUGCAUGGAGUUUAAAAAGGAGUUUGGAAGAAAUUGGCACUUGCUAACAAACUUCAUAUGCGUGGCAAUAUUUUUAAAUUUCUCAGCCAUCAUUCUGAUAGCCAACUUCCUUGUAAUCCGACAACUCUACAGAAGUAGAGAUGCCGCAAACUACCCAAGUGUGAAAUCAGCUCUGCUCAACAUUCUCUUGGUGACAGCUAGUUACAUCAUAUGUUUUGUCCCUUACCAUGCUGUCAGGAUCCCAUACACCCUCAGCCAGACAGAGGUCAUAUCCGAUUGCUCAACUCGCAUUGCACUCUUCAAAGCCAAAGAGGCCACACUGCUGCUGGCUGUGUCUAAUUUGUGUUUUGAUCCAAUCCUGUACUAUCAUCUGUCAAAAGCAUUUCGACUCAAAGUCACAGAGACUUUCGCCUCACCUAAAAAGCCCAAGGCUAGGGAAGAAAAAUCAAGAAGUGAGAAUGAUGUAUAAGAUACAGGCUUUGCACGUUAGUCCUUCUUCCUGACUGGACUAUAAAGCUGGUCACAGUUUUCAAAUAUAAAAGAAGAUGCUAAGGUAGAAGAAGAUGCUUAGGAAUAAAAGCCACUGAUAGCUAGCAAUCAGGGACUGGUUUAUGCGAGAAGUCCUUUCCUCACCACAAGCCAAUCCUGUACUCUCACAGGUGCUGAUAUUAUUUAUCCCAAAUAUCUGUACAGGAAAACUAACAAAGCAUACUGAACCAAGAUCAACUGGAAUGGUCAAAUCGAGAAUAGCUGUGGUAAAGACUCAGAGAUUCACUUCAAUGCCUGGAACUGACUUCUUGAUGAAAAUAUAUCAAAUAAUCUACAUCUAAGUUGCCAGGAAGCCCUUCAGCAAUACCUUAAAGGUCUUUGGUGACCUAAAAAAAUAAAAGCAUCAAAACAUCUGCAUUAUUUUUAUUUAUAAACUAUUGCUUUGAAAGGUAGUAAACUCUCUUGAUUCAGCACUAUUUUUGACAUCUAAUUUUUGGUAACAGUAACAAUUUUUCAUUAUGAAAGGCUUAUAGUGACAGGAACAGGAGGUCACACUGGUUAAUUCCAGCACCCUAGGGGCUGAGGCAGAAAGAUCAUUAUGAGUUUGAGGCUAGCAUGGGCUACAAAGUGAACUGCAGGUCAUCCUGGUCUAUAAAAUGAGAGCUUAUACCUAAUUAAUUUUAAGAGGCAUUUGUAAAUACAUGGUUGUUUAUAUUGUAAAAAAAGUAUAUUUUUUUACAAUAUAAGGAAGCUACUAAAUUACUUUAACUACUGAAACUGUUUUGGAAGUAAAAAUCUACAUCAAAGGUAUUAAAAAAAUAACGCCAGCCAAAGAAUCUUAAAAUAGACACAUAGACUUACAUCAGUAGGCCAUGUUAGAAACAUAGCCAAUGUUGGGCCAUGGAUGCCUCUCAAAUCUAGAGACAAGGCCAACCAGAAUGAAUCUGCAACACAAAGUACAAGUCAGCCCAUCACUGACCAGAUCCUCUCUACUGCCAGUAAAUACACAGGUUUUGAGGAAUGGCAUUAAAUAAAAGACUUACUAAAACAACAGGAAAAAUACUGAUAAGCAUACAUGAGAUUUUGGACUUUGUGUUUUGGUUUAGUUCUCUGUUUUUUUCUUUGAGACAUGAUCUCCUGUAGCUCACAAUAGCCUUGAGCUCACUAUAUAGCCAAAAAUAACCUCAAACUCCUGAUCUUCUUCCUUCUACCUCCCAAGUUCUAGAAUUAUAGACACAUGCUACGAAACCCAGCUCCUCUGUGUGUAUUUUUUUCCUGUGUGUGUGUUUUUACACACAGACUACAAAUAUCCACAUAAAGCAGUUAGAAAUGGGUCAGAGAGAUAGCUCAAUGAUUAAGGGCACUUGCUACUCUUGUAGAGGACCCAGGUUCAGUCCAUAGCACCCCACAUCAGGAGUCUCACAUCUGCUUGCAACUCCACUUACAGAAAAGAUCCAAGUGGGUUACUACACCCUCGUCUCAGCUCCGCUGGCACCAGGCAUGCAUGUGGUACACGCGUAUACAUGCGGGAACUCACAUGCACACACAUUAAAUACAUCUUUUUGUAAAUACUCUAUUGCAGUAGCUGUUGUAAUUAGAGUGAUCCUGCAAUGAACGUGGGAGCAAAUGCCUGUAAGACCAACUGAGGUAAAAGGAAUACAAGCCAGUAUAGAUUUUAUAGCCAGACUGUUACACACACACACACACACGAGGGAUGAAGGAGGAGGGAGGUGGAAAAGAGGAGAGAUGAAGUAGCAGGAGUGGAGAGAUAGAGGGAAUAUAAAUGUGCUCCUGGAUGCCAAGAAUAUGUUUGAUUAAAAUGUUAUUUUUGUACUUGAAGAAUGAGUUUCAAAGUCCCAUGUGUAAGUUCACAAAUAUAUUUUUAGUCUGAAGUAAAUAACUGAAA